UCGAGUAAGGCGCAACAUUCCACCUGCUCUUCUCAUAGAUUUCUCUUCCAAUCUGGCGGAUUUCUUAAGACUUACUAUCAUUUUCGUUUAGCCUACAUCCAUGCGAUUCUUCAGGCUUACCUUUAAGUGCUUUGUCGACUGCUUUUGAGACGCUUUUAUUUCUCCGGCUGUUUGCGGCGCACUUCAGUCAUUAUAAUUCGGAGCUCAACCCAGUCGACCUUUUGCUGAAGAUCAGUUUUAUAUAAUUAAACAGAGAGCAACCACACGGAAAAAUACUGAACAACACGAGAAAAAACAAACAAACAAACAACAACAACAAAAAAACAAAACAAAAAAAACAAACAAAAAAAAAAAACACACCAAUAAACGUUGUUUGUGAAUUCACGGGCGCGCGGCAUGUCAGCAGAAGAGCAUCUCCCCAAUGAUGGAGGCACAUGUCAGGAUGAAUCUCGGGAGAAAGCAGAAGUCGCCCAACCUCUGGUGUCAGACACAGACGUGGGUGAGCUGAGUGUUUGCACAGGUCUGGUGGAUGCAGGCGACCAUACUGCAGAACUGGGCCAUUCAGAUAGACAGACAUGGAGCAGACAGAUGGAUUUUAUCAUGUCCUGUGUGGGAUUUGCUGUUGGCCUUGGAAAUGUCUGGAGAUUUCCUUACCUCUGUUAUAAGAAUGGAGGAGGUGUGUUUCUGAUCCCCUAUGUUCUAAUGGUGUUUUUCGGGGGUGUUCCAGUUUUUUUCCUUGAGAUUGCACUGGGUCAGUUCAUGAAACAAGGUGGGGUCGCAACAUGGAACAUUGCCCCUCUUUUUAAAGGGCUUGGCCUGGCAUCAAUGGUGAUCGUGUUCUUCUGCAACACGUACUACAUCAUGGUUCUGGUCUGGGGCCUGUACUUUCUAGUUCACUCUUUCACUUCCCCUCUACCUUGGGCCACUUGUGGGCAUGAAUGGAACACGGUCAACUGUACCACCAACUUCAGCCGGGUGUGCUUCAAUCAUUCUCUGUCCACUUCCCUUCUAAACGUCUCCUUUCUGAAUGCCAGCUGCCUGGAGCCCUUUGGUUUGCAGUCAUCUGUCAUGGAAUUCUGGGAGCGUAAAGUGCUACGUCUGUCUAGUGGUUUGGAUGAACUGGGUGACAUCAGUGGUCACAUGGUCUUGUGCCUUCUUGCUACGUGGGUGAUCGUCUACUUCUGCAUCUGGAAGGGUGUUAAGUCCGCUGGCAAGGUUGUAUAUUUCACAGCUCUGUUCCCAUACCUGGUCCUGGUGGUCUUGUUUGUUCAUGGUGUCUCAUUGCCUGGAGCUAAAAACGGCAUUAUUUACUAUCUGAAACCAGACUGGAGCAAACUCUCAGAGGCACAGGUUUGGAUCGACGCUGCCACACAGAUCUUCUUUUCUUACGCUAUUGGUCUGGGGGCCUUGACGGCCCUUGGGAGCUACAACCGCUUCAAUAACAACUGUUACCAGGAUGCAUUUAUUCUGGCUCUUAUAAACAGCGGCACAAGCUUUUUUGCAGGGUUUGUUGUUUUCUCAGUUCUGGGUUUCAUGGCGGCUGAACAGGGUGUUGACAUCAAUAAUGUGGCAGAAAGUGGUCCUGGUUUAGCAUUUAUUGCCUAUCCAAAAGCAGUGUCACUAAUGCCGUUAGCCCCGCUGUGGGCGGAACUUUUCUUCUUAAUGCUUCUGGUGCUGGGAUUGGACAGUCAGUUUGUGGGUGUUGAAGGCUUUAUCACAGGAAUCAUGGACAUGCUGCCCCCAAAAUCAUUCCUUGGCUCUCUGCGUCGUGAAGUUGUUGUUGCAAUAUGCUGUUUCACCUGUUUCACUGUUGAUCUUUCCAUGGUAACAGAGGGAGGGAUGUAUGUUUUUCAGUUGUUUGAUUAUUACUCGGCCAGUGGGAUUACUCUCCUUUGGCAAGCCUUCUGGGAGUGUGUGGUAGUGGCCUGGGUGUAUGGUGCUGAUCGUUUCAUGGAUGAUGUGGCCUGUAUGAUUGGCUAUCGUCCACUGCCUUAUAUGAAGUGGUGCUGGUCUUACAUCACACCAGUAGUGUGUUUGGGUGUUUUCUUGUUUCAUGUGAUCAACUACAAGCGCUUAGUGUAUAAUGGUGUAUAUGUGUACCCGUGGUGGGGUGAGGUGCUGGGCUGGUUUCUUGCUCUCUCAUCCAUGCUUUGCAUUCCUCUCACCGUCCUCUACAAACUGCUGCACUGCAAAGGCUCUCUCAUUGAGCGUUGGCAGCAUUUGACCACACCCAUCUGGGGGCGACAUCACCUGGAGUUCCUCCCACAGGAGAAUGAAGCCAGACUUCUAUCAAAGCCAGAAGAGAAUAAAAGCACACUGUUAUAUGAAAGUGUCAUUUAAUACCCCUGCAAACAGAUCACUGUCCAAUGUGAAACAGAGCAUGAACUCUGCCUUUUCAAACAGCACUGCCCUGCACUUUAAAGGGAUAGUUUACCCAGAAAUGAAAAUUCUUUCACCAUUUACUCAUUCUCAUACAAUAGGUUUUUGUGAGACACAACCCCAAAGUUUUGAUGUUCACAUGUGCAUGAACGAAGCUAAAAAAUUAAAUUACUGAAAACUUACUUUAAUUUCAGGUUGUUUCUCACCAAAACCAACAUUUUAUAAGUUCAGAAGACUUGGAAUAUGACGCAUGAGACACAUGGACUACUUUCAUGGGUCCUGUUUUUAAACUUUAAAGUGUGUACCUAUGAACUGCUAUAGUACUGAAAAGACAGACCAGAAUUUGCAUUAAAAAAUAUAUAUUUUUGUGUUCCGCAUAAGAAAGAAAGGCAUAGACAUUUGGAACGACAUGUAAAUGAUGACAGAAAUUAUUUUCUUUUGGGUGAACUUUUCCUUUAAAGUGAAAAAUCACACACAGAGCAGAAUUGUGUUCCUAACAGAGAAAAUAACUCUAUUACGUGCAAGAGAAUCAUUUAACUCAAAUCCAUACUACACCCCAGAGCACUAUAGCCUGUAUGCUAUACACAGUGUAAUACCACUAAAGCACUUAACCUCAAUCUGUCUGACCCACCAGAGCCUGUGCAUAUCAGCUAUCAUGAAGUAAUAAUGCUGAUUUUGUCCCAGCUCUCUUUCAAUGUAAUUAUAUUUCCGAAGAUGGCCUAAGGCGCACACGAUACUCAUGCACCAAGUGUGCCGAUGUUGUUCAGUAUUAUGUGUUUGUGUUUGUUGUGCACAGCAUAAGCACUGGAUUUUACAACAGUGUUGUGGAGCAGAGAUUGGACCAAUUAAUAAAAAUGAUAUUAUGCAUGCACAUUUUCUAAUAUCUAAAAUAUUUAAGCUCCCUCCCCAAUACAAAAUAUAGAAAUAUAAAAAAAGUGAUUAAUAGGAACAUGCACAUUGGCUGAUAAUCUGAUGAACAACAAACAUUUAAAAUAAAAUGAAUGUUUUUAUUUUAAAGGUUAUUUUGCAUUACACACUAAACAUAGCUGAGUCUAUUAAAUAAUGUGACUGUUCUGUUGAUUAUAUCAGUUGUACUGUAAGUCUCAAAUUUAACCCACCUGACAUCCAGAAAUCUUUUGGGUGUCAUCGACCUCUGCAAAAUUUCAAAACAUCUAGAAGCAAGGUGGUAACUUAACAUUCUGUCUUUUAUUCUCUCAUAUGUGCUUUCAAAGACACUUAAACUAGACAUUUUACAAAAAAUAACUAAACCCAUUUAUAAACAUUUUCUUCAGAUCGAUUCGCAGUGUUAGGCCAAUCUGCAUUAAUUGAGCAGGUAUUAUAGACUCACCUACAUUUACACAAUUAUGAUUAGCAUGAAAGGUAUACUUCACUCAAAAAUGAAAAUUCUCUCAUAAUAUACUCACCCUCAUGCCAUCCCAGAUGUGUGACCUUCUGUCUUCUGCAAAACACAAAUUAAAAUAUUUAAAAGAAUAUUUCAG